AUGGCAGGCGGAGCUGCCAAGUAUAGACACCUGUCUCGGAAGAGCUCGCAUAGGCAAGCCCUGCUCCGCAACCUGGUGACUUCGUUAUUCGAGCACGAGAGCAUCCAGACGACAUGGCACAAGGCGAAGGAGGCGCAAAGAUUGGCGGACAAGCUCAUUACCCUGGGCAAGAAGAACACUGAGAACAGCAGGAGAAAAGCAUGGGAGGUCUUCUACCGCCCCGUCGAGCUCGUUCCCAAGCUGUUCGGCCCCCUGCGCGAGCGCUACGCCACGCGGCCCGGCGGCUACACGCGCGUGGUGCGCAUCGAGCCGCUCAAGGAAGACCAGGCGGCGUCGGCCAUCCUUGAGCUCGUCGACUCCCCCAAGGACAUCCGCUUCGCCAUGAUGGCCAAGGUCGUCGCCCGCCAGCGCGCCGAGAACCUGCGCGAGACCCCCAUCACCCGCGCCAACCUGAAGAAGGUCCUGCAGUUCCGCGGCGACAAGGGCAAGGAGGAGAUGGAGGAGAUGAUCGACCGCUUCGACAGGCUGACGGCCGAGGGCAAGGAGGUCAAGACGGUCUACCAGAAGCCCGUCUACCCCGACCCGUUGCAUCCGACCAAGGGCAAGAAGGGAUCGGUGUACAAGUACUAA